AUGUUCGGCGGGACGGUUGGAGCGGUCUCGCCGACUGGUGAAGACCUGCUCACCGUCACCGUGGUGCGGGACGAGCAUGGGUACGGCAUGAAAGUUUCCGGUGACAAUCCGGUGUACGUUCAAUCAGUAAAGGAGCACGGUCCUGCGUGGCGGGCGGGGCUUCGGGCCGGCGAUCGCAUACUACGUGUGGACUGUGUGCCCGUUUUGCAUCACACGCACCAGGAAGUCGUACACAUGAUAAAGGAAAACCCGACUAUGGUGGUCUUAACAGUGCAGCAGAGUUCAAGACAUAAAAGACCCAUAACCGCGCCUGUGCCAGUCAAUCCGGAAAAGCAGCGGCAAAUUGAGAAACAAAAGGCUGAAACGGUGCAGCUUAUGUUAGAGAAGGAGCUUAAAUAUAUAAGGGAUUUAAGAAAUGAGCUUCUAAAAGUACCUGACGUCCGCAAACAAGCAGAGUUAGAAUCCGCAGAGCAACGAUGCUUGCAAUUACAGCACAAAAUCGACAGCAUUAUGGCCGGACAGCCGGACGUGGUCGCACCGUCUACGCCGCGGCUCGCCCGUUCGAAAGACACGAACGACAAACCGACCCCGAAUACCGGUUUUCUAAGCGGUUUACCGAGAUCGCUCAGCAAUCUAACCGGGCAGAGUCUCAGGAACCUAAGACAGGCGAGACAGAAUAAGUUCCAGCAGGAGAACCAACCGCCCUUACAUAGGCAGAACUCUGAUGAUGGCAAGAAGAGACACAAUAAUACAGUGCCAAUGGUGCCUACCACUUGUCUGGAUAGUUCGCCGCCUCCGUUACCACCGAGGUCGAUAGAACGGCCGAAGAGGAAUCCACUCACACCGCCUGUUACUACCGCAGCUGAUGGUAUGAAGCAAGCGAACCCACUGGCCAUGCCAAAGCCGGCCUAUUACAAGUACAACCCGUCAGUCCUUCGUGAGGAGUUCCGGCGGUCUUCACAUUCCCUGGACGGCGAGUUAGAUGGACCACAGCCUAACUCCAUCGCGCUACAGAUGAGCUAUCCCCUUGUGAAUUUGCCGCCGCCACCGCUCUUGAAUGACAACCGAAACAGCGUACCAGUAAUGCAUGUAAGGAGUCAGUCUUCACCGGAACAUCUAGACCACGAGUUACCUAGAACGAGUGGUGCAGCUGAAAAAGAGGCGUGGUCACGUGGCACCCCGCCCCCCGGCACUCCUCCUCCGCCCUACCCGCAUUCCACGCAGCCCUGUUCAGAUCCACAAAGAGCUAUAAUAUCAAUGGAAGAAGACGACGUUCCGACAUCUGAGAAUACGACGUACGCGGGAUUAUUUUCUAAUUUGCGGACCGUACGAGAUUCGAAAGCGAGAAUGGCGGUACUUAUCAAUUGGCUGUUGGGCGAGAGACGAUGCCCAUGCGCAAGUCUGGUGCUAGUUCUGACGGACGCGUAUCGUGCGGCGGGAGGUGUACCGGCUGCUACUCUUCGCCGAUGGGCAUAUGAAAUACACUCGGUUUUCCUCAUGCCUAAUGCGGUCUUACAUCUCAAUGGCGUAGAUGAGAACAUGGCUAAUGAAAUAGAACAUGUAUUAGUAAAUGAAUUCGAGAAAGAGGAGAUUCUCCGAAAUGUCUUCCGUAAAGCGCGAAGACAAGCCAAGGACGAAUUGUCGCGGCAGUUGAGCGAAUUUCAACUGAAACGACAACUUGGACUUGCGACGCUCUACGGCCCAGAUGAUGACACUUUGCAGAUGUGUGAUGUGGAUAAGACGCAGGAGGUAGUGGUAGUAGAGCGUAUAAUGUGCAGUCGCCUCCGCGCCGUCUCGCAAGGUGGCGCCGCCGGCCCAUGUGGGAAUACGUCCACGGACGCGCACGCAACAGUGCUCGCUGCGUUGGUUGCCGCAGCGCUGUGUUUGCAUUGCAGGCCGGCAUCCGUAGCGGCUGCAGUGGGUGGGUCGCGUCCCUCCUUCCUACAACGAGACAAACUGUACAAGCAGCGACUAAAGCAGCUAGCGAAACAGCAUCCACAGCCUUUCAUAGUGCGAGGCCACCAUUUGCAGUUGCGCGCUUUAACAUCAGUUGCCCACUGCCAUCACUGUGAUAUGACUAUAGGCGGUCUGGCACCACAAGCUGUUGUAUGCACAGACUGCAAACUCCGAUUACACCGAGAAUGCGUUCGUAAAGUGGAGGAGACAUGUUGUCUCGAUGGCGAACACCACAACAAUCGGAUAUCACGAUUUAUGGAGAGAAUACAUCCCAACAAUAUGCCAAGUCAAGACUCAAGCGAUAGGAAAUCUCGAAAAUCUUCUGGAACGGCGAACUUUCUUAACAUGGAACGCAGUUUUCGGAAGAUGGAAGAUGAGCCAACCUGGGAACAGACCCUCACGCCUACUCACAAUCAAGGUCAGUCUAGGUCAUACAUAAUAACUAUAUUUUAA